AUGUUGGCCAGGUCGACACUCCACGCCACGCGCGCCAUCGGUGCGGCGAAGACGGGUGCGACGAGGACUGCGCAGCGCAAUGCCUCCACCACUUCCUCCUCCGGCUCGUCUGCGACAUGGAAGGAUAAUGCACUCCUCGGCUCCUCGACUGCCCUUGCUGUGGGCUCCGUGGCGUGGUAUUACUAUCAGUUCGGGCGCCCGGCACAUGCCAUGACGCCUUCUGAGGAGGGCCUCCACGCCCCCGCCUACCCCUGGGAGCACGAAAAGCUCCACAAAACCUUCGACCACAACUCGCUCCGCCGCGGCUUCCAAGUCUACCGCGAAGUCUGCUCCUCCUGCCACUCCCUCGCCCGCAUCCCCUACCGCACCCUCGUCGGCAACAUCAUGACCAACGACGAAGCCAAAGGGCUGGCGGAGGAGAACGAAUACGACACCGAGCCCAACGACGAAGGCGAAACCGAGAAGCGACCCGGGAAAUUAUCGGAUUACAUCCCCAGCCCGUACAAGAACGACGAGGCGGCGCGCGCGGCGAACAAUGGCGCCCUCCCACCGGAUCUCAGCUUGAUGGUCAAAGCCCGACACGGCGGCUGCAAUUACAUCUUCUCCCUCCUCACCGGCUACCCGGAAGAACCGCCCGCGGGCGCCGUGGUGCAAGCGGGUCUGAACUUCAACCCGUAUUUCCCCGGCACCGGGAUCGCGAUGGCGCGGGUGUUGUAUGAUGGGUUAGUCGAGUACGACGAUGGGACGUCGGCUACUACGUCGCAGAUGGCGAAGGAUGUGGUGGAGUUUCUGAACUGGUCGGCGGAGCCGGAGAUGGAUCAGCGGAAGCGGAUGGGGUGGAAGGUUAUGGCUGUGGGCGGGGUGUUGUUUGCGCUGUCGGUUUGGGUGAAGAGGUACAAGUGGUCCACCGUCAAGACCCGCCGUAUGUUGUAUGAUCCCCCCGCCAUGAAGGCCAAGCGGCCGGAUAACGUCACCGUCGGCUCGGCGUUUAGGAAGUAG